UCAAUUAUUUGCAGCAGUAGGAGAUAUGCCCUGUUUGAGUCAACAUCAGUCACCAUCAGCUGUUGUCUGACCUCUUCACACGUGAAAUGACAGUUAUUUAAAAAAUCCUUUGACAUGUGUCAAAUAGUGUCAUCAAGAAAACGUGAGAUACAAGUUAGUGCGGAUUAAUUCAGUGAUAUUCAUGCUUUUGGUGGAGUUGGCUGGAUUUUUCUCACUUCUGAUAAAAUGAACGGAAGCCUUGGUCUGCUUCGUGGUGGUCCUGAUCAACAUCCCACGAGAUUUGCGGAUUAUUUUGUCAUCUGCGGACUCGACAAGGACUCUGGACUCGAGCCAGACAAGUAUUUCGGAGAUUCUCUGCAAUGCACACCACUGGACAGAGCCUACAAGAGUAAAGUUCUUGGGCAUUACCCAGACAGUGUGCCCUGGAAUCCAUUUGACGAACAUGCUGUGUGCAUGCUAUGUCUCCCAAGUGGUCUGCGCUUUCGCACGCAAAAACACUCGGUGGAGCCGUCAUUCCACUCGUUCGUCCUCACGAAAGAGGAUGGCCGUCGAACGUAUGGCUUCAGCCUGGUGUUCUACGAGGAGUGCCGCAAUCGUAAAAUCUGUGCAGCAAUGCAAACACUCCAGGCAAUGUUCAUAACCGAAUUGAGCAGCGGUCAGAAUGGUACACCACCAGCUCCAAGACGUGGCCAAGACAGCCACAACACCCGAUCCCUUCCCCGUCACUUCAAACUCUCAGCCCAUUCCCCAGGUGCCGCUCUGGCCUACUACGACUCCACAAAAGACAAACUAUUGGUGACAAAGUCAAUAUCACUAAUCUGCCAGCAGCCCUACCUAAACGCAGCCAAAACAUUCCUGACGAAUCUUUACAAGUGUGUUCCUCGUCAUCCAGGCCCUGGCCUCAGCCUCGAGUCCUACGUCUACAAUCUCCUGUACAACGUGCCUGUUCCCCUUCCAGGUAAAUCCCUCAAGUUUUUCGUUCCAAACGACGAACCAGCGAAGUCCCCCCUGGAGCUGUUCCUCCUCUACCCCAAUCUCAGUACCGAUCUCCCUCUCCUGGACUACUCCAUCAAGGACAUGUUCACCUGGUUGGGGCCAGAGUGCGUGCUCCAGCUGUUCACCUGUGUAUUACUGGAGAAUCAGGUGCUCCUGAGGAGCACAGAUUUUCACAAACUCAUGGUUGUCGCCGAGUGCAUCACAGCUCUUCUAUUUCCCUUCUCCUGGCAGCAUGUGUACGUACCAAUUUUACCAGUGAGUCUUCAUCAUUUUCUCGAUGCACCUGUCCCCUUCAUCAUGGGCCUUCAUGCCCAGACUGAAGGUAGUCAUCUCAAAAUAGCAAGUGAGGCUAAUCUCUGUUACGUCGACAUCGACAAGCAAACGAGUCAGUUUCCUGAAGAGCUCCCUGUCUUCCCCAGGAAGAUGCAAUUUCUCGCUGAGAUAAGGACACUACUGAAUAAGUACAAAGUACCACAUAAUGAGAAGACUGAGAGCAUGGUCAUUAAUUAUCUCAGUGGGGAUAUCAUGACAAGCAGCUUGACGUUACCACCUGGCUCGGGUUUUCAUGUGCCCAGGAGAAAACAUUCUCUUCAUGACGUACUCGAUUGGGACAGGGACGAGGUUGGCCCCAAUUCUGAUGCACUCCAGAGGAUUGUGGAUAUUGUUAAAAAGACUGGGAUUAGUCUAGAUGACAUCGACUCUGUCGAGAAUAUGGGAAAGGACAAGGACAAGGUACUCAGCCCUCAGGAGGAGUACAGGGAGACACUGAUUUUUAAUAAUGCUGUCAGGGAAAUUUUUCUCAAUCGCUUUGUGCAUUUGUUCUCUGGGUAUGAUCACUUCGUCAUUCAUCCCAGUCAGGAUAAGGACGAGUGGAUGAAUAAUCGGGACAGCAUGCAUGUCUUUGAUAAAGCUACUUUUCUCAGUGAUCAACCUGCCCAGCAUCUACCCUUUUUGUCGAGAUUCCUGGAGACACAGAUGUUCGCUUCGCUGGUGGAUAACAAGGUGAUGGCUUCCUGGAAUGAACUCGACUGCAAUGGCAAGGUCUUCGACCAGAGGAUCUCGCAGAUAAAAAAAAAGGGAGGAGAGGGAAUGCUGAGGACAACAACUUAUGAAGUUACGACGACUGUAGGUGAGACACAAAGACUACUGGAACAUAGACUGAAUAACGUGGACUUUGAAGCUAGUCCUCCAACUGAGAUCGUACCCCAUAGGGCUGCCUAUUUCAGGAGUUUUCCAUUGCUGGAUGCAACAGCCCUGAAUAAAGAGCCCGCGCAGAGUAUACUCCGCAGUAGAAAAGGUCAGACACAGUGGAAAUACAAGAUGAAAUCGAUCGAGACGAAUGGCAAGCCGCCCACAGCCCCCCAUCAGGAGACCCAGUCCCCAAGACCGCAGACAAAAUUGUCAGCGGACAUGAGUCCAGCUCUGAUUGCCCAAGCAAAUUGGACAUUCGUGGAAAAAUUGCUGAAGGACUGCAAGUCGAAGACAAAAAGGAUGCUCGUGGAGAAGAUGGGAUCGGAGGCAGUUGCCCUUGGUCAUGGAACAGAAUCCCUCGUGGAUGUUGAGGAGAAUACUCUGGUCGCGAGUCUAUGUGAUUUACUGGAGAGGGUUUGGAGCCAUGGACUGCAGAAUAAACAGGGAAAAAGUGCUCUUUGGACGCAUCUGUCUAUGUACCAGGAGCUGGAGGAAUGCAACGACUCAGCCAAGUCAAUUGAUCCACACUUUUUAUCGCCUGCCCCGAAAACACCCUCGAAUAAAACGCCGACGAAACCGUACAGCUUAAGGGACCGACUGGUAUCAACGAUUAAAACGAGAAAUAUUUACGAAAUAGCUUCUUAUAUCAAGGACAAUCUUAAUGAUUUAUCGAACUUGGCCUUGGAAACGGAUGUAUCACCGACCCGAGGUGGUGACCGACGUUCGACAGGGGAAAGAAAAUCCAUCGGUCCUGAACACCUCCGCCCACUCCCGGACUCUCUGACCUUUGACAUCCGAAAUAUUCAGGCUAUGACUGAAAUAAAAACGCACAUUGGAUAUGCACGCGCUUGGGUUCGUCUCGCUCUUGAGAAAAAACUGCUGUCCCGACAUCUCAAGACUCUGUUAUCGGACACAGCACUGCUAAGGAGUCAAUACAAGCGAUCAGCCUUUCUGCGCUGCGAGGAAGAGAAAGAGCAAUUUCUCUAUCACCUGCUUACCCUGAAUGCAGUGGAUUACUUCUGCUUCACGAACAACUACCCGACGACGAAGCUGCCGUAUCGAGUGGUAAUAUUCCCCAGCAGAAAGGCGAGUGCAGCGACAACGUCUGCCAACAGUUGGGUCGCGAUGUCGGGGACCCUCUGCGAGACAAAUCCAGUGCCCAUUCCGAAGGGCGCCCUGGAGUUUGUCUUCCAUCACAAGAACCUGGGGGUGUUGUCAACCCUGCGAAUUGGUCACGACAACACUGGUCUAUCACCCAAGUGGAUGGUGGAGCACGUGGUGGUGAGGAACGAAGUGACAGGUCACACCUUUAAAUUCCCCUGUGGUAGGUGGCUUGGUCGAGGAAUUGACGAUGGAUCCACAGAAAGACUGUUAGUGGGGGCACUUGUCCCCAGAAGUAUUGACAGCGAUGAGCUCGUGGAAACUUGCUCCACACCCCCUAGAUGUCGAUCCCCAAGCAUUCCCAGACGUCCAACACUCUCCCCUGAUGAGCUGCAGCACAUGCUGGGGGAGGCUGUAAAUGCUAUCGUCAAGUUUCAUUACAGGAGGGAUCACCAGGAUGGCUCUCUCACUGCCCUACUCUGUGGAGAGGGUGGUCUCGUGCCCUCUCUGGAGCAGACAUUCCUAUAUGGAUUUAAAAACCAGAGGAUCUUUGGGAGAAAUUUUUACGUCUGGGAUUAUCUGCUUAGGGUCAAGGAGAACUUUGAAAUGUCCCUCCUCGAGGAGAUGGAUGAGUACUCCAAGAGAAUCAACAGGGACCGGAGGCUUCAUCAUACUGAGAACAACCAGAGGUUCACUAUACUCAGGUGCUAUUGCCAUUUGAUUGACCAGAUUAAUACUUUCAGUCAGACUCUGGGCAAGGACGGAAAGUUCCAGCUGUUCAUCUGCUUAUCUGCUCGAGAACAAUUGCUUCACCCAAUGCUUCGGCCUAUGAGUGAAGCUCGUUCAACAGCGGAAAUGUAUGAGGAAACUUCGUUCCUGAGGAAUCCAAGCCUCUUGCACUUCCUCAUUCACAUUUUGGAGCCCCUCAGUGAAUUCCACAUCGUCCUUGAAAAGAGUCUGACCCACGGGAUCUCGAGUAUAUGUUAAAGUUUGUACAAUCGUCUCACCUAGUUUAACGUUAUUUUUAACGAGUUACCUGACGAAUUACUCGGGUUAAUGUAAUUAGCUCGAGUCAUGAGAUUCUUGCCGCAUUUUUUUCGGAGAGAUGUUGUCGUAGAGGCGGAGAGAAUUAAAUGUUUGUAGAUAAGGUUGAAAUUGUAGUUUCUUGGAUAUUGUGGAGAAUUUUCUCAAACCGCGUAACCGCUGUUCCAAAGGACGAGAGUUGUGUUGGAAGAUCUUAUGAAGCCUUUAUUCAUUUGUAAUUCAAUUGUGUGAGGAAAUUAUUUUGGCAUUUCUCUGGAAUUUCGUUCAAUAUAAGAUCGUAUGGACGUAAUUUUGUAAUUAAUCAUUCAAAUUGAAUCAAUAGAGUGAUAAAGGAGAAAUUUAUUUCAUACGAUUUUCCUCCACAACUUCCAGAAAUAUACAAAGACGUAAAUUUUACCAAAGAUAUUUAUAACGCUAUUAUUCCAUUUACUGUUGAUAAUUGUUUUAAUCGUUUCGAUUUUUUUUUCUUACGAAAAACCUCGAUUGUGAUUUAUCAUCAUUUACAUGACAUUAGAUGAUACUCUUUGUUUUUUUUUUUUCGUUGAUGUACAUAUGUACGUGGAAUUAAUGUGAUUUGAUUUCUUUAUUUUGAGGGCCAGUUUUCGUUGAGUCAGCUGUGGUUAAUUCGCAGUUGAAAUUAAAUCUAGAACCCCGACUUUUCUCCCGCGUCAUGGGAAUGAUUUUCCAUAUUGCGGUUGACUUAACGAAAAACCUGCCCUGAAUUAUGAAAAACCAGCAAUUGUUAUUUUCAGUUGUUCCAAGUUCAAUUUACCCUGUGAUGUACUAUUCUCGAGAAAUAUUUCAUCAUAGUUUAUCUUUUUUGUACGUUUUAAUUAUCUCUCGUAAUUGAAGUGUUCAAUGGACAAAUACUAAAUACCUCUUGAAUAUUUAUUAUCGAUAAAGACAAAAAGAUGGAAUAAUGAAAUUUUUAUCUGCCAUAUUACGUAAUUUUUUUUUUUAAUGUAAUAGUGAGAGUUAGAUUAUAAUGCAAUUGUCCAAUUGCGAAUCAUAGAUUACAUGUGCUGGAGGGUCAAUAAUUUUAAGUCCUUUAUUUGUUGAUUUUACAUUUCGAAAUAUUUUAAUUCAACACCUGAAUGUUUCCUCGUAAUGUCAAUCAACAAAUUAGUGAUUGCACUGUCAGAUAUCCAAUAGUGCAAUAAUAAUUUUCAAAGGAAAUAAAAGAUGGUACUCGAAAUAGACUCAAGGCCCUCCGAGUCACACCCACAAUAAUUAGACCAAAGUAGAUGAAUUAUUGUUUAGAUCUUCAGCAGAACCAUGUCACUAGUUGCUUGAGAUGUAUAUAAAUGCUGAUACAUAGGACUGCGCACACUCUCCAAAGCUGAAUAUACUGGAAGUAUUGAAUGCCAAGAAAAAAUAAUAUAUCUACUAUGUAAAAAUCACUCGUCCAUUAAAUAAACUGUUCAGGACCAAUCAGGAAAAUGUUCAAUCACAAAAUUGAUCCACCGAUCCACCGAUAGAAUAGGAUGUACAUAAUUGAAGUCACAGAUAAAUAAAGAGAAAUAUUUGGAGUCAAUGUAAUCAGUUGGAAGAGAAAAAGUAACUCGUAGGAUUAUGUUAUGUAUAUAUAAGAAUUUAAAGGUCGCGAAAUAUACCUGAAAUAAAGAUAAAUUAAAAAAUA